AUGAGCCGACGUUCAGGUGAGGAGUCGUUGGGCAAGAUCGAAAUGCGUUCCGGCUGCGAGGAGUCGCUUUCCCGUCGCGCCAGUCGCAAGGCCAGUCGUCAGCUCAGCAACAAGAGCUUCAGAGGUUGGUGCCACAUUUUCCCUUGAUCCGUCAUGUUUCUAUCACUAAAAUUUGUCAACAACCGUCGAUAAUUGACCAAAAAGCUUCACAAUGGAGGUCGUUUGAUAACUUCCUGAGAAAUUGGAAUGUUAAAUGUACUUAGAAACUCCAGAGUGGACCCUAUAGGGGCCACCUUGAGGGCUUUUGGUGGACCCUCUCGAGGGGCCACUGAAGCUUGCAAAAGUGGUUCCUAUAUGGGUUUUGGAGGUGUGAUGAUAUUUUUCAUAGUCAGCUUUUGAAAAAGAAUAUCCGAAUCAGCGUAUGAAACUUCUUGAAUCCUGUUCUUAGGAACUCAGAGUUGUCUUUAUAGGGAUAACCUUAGUGGCCCAUUGAGAGUCCCUUCAGGGACCACUUUACCAACCCCUAUAGGGCCACAAGGGCUUGCAAAAGUGGUCCCUGUAGGGGAAAUACUAGUCGAUAAUUCUUAAGAACUCUAAGCGAAGAAGUUGUUCCACGGGAAAAACUGAAUUAAAAAGCGCUUUUUGGAUGAAAUUGAAAGACCCCUAUAAGGACCACUUCAGUUUCAGGAGCUCAGGGGUCAGACCCUAAACCCCUAUGAGAGUCACCUUGAUUUCACCCCUAUAGGAACCACUUUUUCAGCCUCUAUAGGGUUGUCAUGGCGAAAAAAAAGCUGUACAGUUUGAAAAUUUUAGGGUUUUCUCUAACGAUAAAGAUCUAAUUUUCAAAAAACUUCCGGAAGAAAUUUUUUCAAAGACGAAAAUUAUUCAGAAAUCCUGCGAAAAUUCGAAACGGAGAAGAUGAUUUUUUUUCUGAAGAAUCAGCGAAGUUUACAGGUCGUCCUGCGACUCCAGACUACCUGCCACUAGACCUGCCCCUGACUUUGUGCGUCUCGCAGAACGACGAACCCAUCGCUUGUGAGUAAGGCUCAUCUGCAACAGCUCGUCAUCCAUUCAAAGGAUUCGCUCCAAAAAUCGUUUUUUGGCUUAUAAGUGUUAAAAAAAGGAGCCGUACAAGCGAUUGCUCGAAAUUUUGAGAAAGAAUUGCGUCGUAAAGUUACUUUCGAACAUUCUCGAAAAGAAAAACGUUUCUUUCUCCAUCAUCAAACCCAUUUUUGAAUUUUUUUGGUUUAGUUUGAUACAUAUAUUUCAUUUCCUAGGUUUAGCACAGGUUUUAUGUUUUUUUUGUCAGAACGGAGCUGUGAAAAAGAACCUAAUGGAACCUUUCACGUAUUUCUCCUUUAUACCUGUGAAUUUUACAGCUAGACUUUCAGAGAAAAAAAAAAUUUUUUUUUUUGAGUUUGUGAACUUGUAAUGCCGUGUUCAAAGUAUCUCUGACUCUCCAAAAUUUAGUUAUCUUUCUCUUUCUCUGACGGCUAUGUUGCAUUUCGCGGAAUCACUUUGAACACGGCAUAAGGUUCCUAAAAAGCGUUUACAGUUAGAUUGAUAUCAACCUAAAAGUUUAUGAUCAACUUGGACAAAAACCCAAGAAAAAGCUACUUCGGACAACAUUGCAGCGUUGGGCGGCCUGACGCCGACGAAGGAGUCCCGCGUGGCGGCUCUCCGACGACGGAGUUCAAUGGCUCGAGAACGCUGGGCGACCAAAAUGGAGUUUCUACUGGCCGUGAUCGGCUACGCCGUCGACCUCGGCAAUAUCUGGCGCUUCCCUUCCGUAUGCUACAAACACGGCGGAGGUCUUCUAUGUUUUACUACUAAAACUAAUCUUUGUCAUUUUUACAUCGGAACAUUCUAGAUCAUGUUUUUAAUCGGAAAUAGGUUAAAAAUCCGAAUAGAAAAAGUCGUGCUGUUCAGGCGCCUUCCUGAUUCCGUACCUCGUGAUGCUCCUCGUGGGCGGCCUUCCUAUGUUCUACAUGGAGCUGGUGAUGGGACAGUUUCACAGAGCGGGCUGCAUUAGCAUAUGGCGCAAGAUUUGCCCUUUGUUCAAAGGUAAACCAACCUUACUGGGAAAACUUUUAGAGUUUUUUCAUCCAGUAUUCCGUCCAGUAACUCUGAUAACUUUAAAACAAACAGAUUGGACCAGUUAUGAUGAUCCAUUGAACCCUAAAGUGGCCACUAAAAUUUUUAGUGGUCUAGUCUUAGCACUUAGACCUCUAUAGUGGCCACUAGCUUUUAACCCCUUAAUUGGCUACUAAUUGGACUGCUAUAGAGACCACAAAACCUCAAAAAUCUAUAGUGGCCACUAAAAAUUUUUCCAGUAAAGACCAAAACUUCUAUGGGAUCUUUGAAAAGACAACGCAAAUAAGGUCAAAAUGCAGUUUUUCUUCUUGGGCCGAUAACAAAAACUUUAAUGUUCAGGAAUCGGUUACGGUAUUUGCUUUAUCUGUACUUUCAUCGCCUGCUUUUACAACGCCAUCAUCGCACACGCUGUUUAUUUUGUUUUCAGUUCAAUAGCGGUAAAAAGUCUCUCACAGGUUGACGAUACAAAGUGUUGCAGUUAGAAGUGCCGUGGAAAAGUUGUAAUAAUUCCUGGAACACGCCGCUAUGUUCCGAUGACGUCAACGUCUCGAUGAGCAAAACGGGUCAGAGGCUGAGCUCUCCCAGUGAGGAAUACUACCUGUAGGAGUCUCCCGAGACUAAGAGCCACUCGACGUCUUCAGAUACAACGUUCUCGAAAGCCAGAAGUCGACGGGGUUCGAUGACUUGGGCGGUGUGAAACCGUCGAUGGCGCUGUGUCUGGCUCUGGUCUUCACUCUCGUUUACUUUGCCUUAUGGAAAGGGCCACAAAGCUCAGGAAAGGUGACUUUUACCUACCCGGGCAACGUCGGAAUGGUGGAUAAUGGCCGCUAA